AUGACGAUUCUCAUCCGCAGCUCGAUCAAUAUAGACGAGGUCUUCGAAGUCCCUCACAUCGUCAAAUCCGGCGAGACCAUUGCAUCGAUAUCAUACAAGCGUCUCAUAGGCGGAAAAGGCGCGAAUGUGGCCGUCGCGGCGGCAGCAGCAGCAGCAGCAUCUGCUUCUCCUGAGUCUUCUGCCGUAAAACUGGCAGGAAACAUUGGGCACGAUGGCACUUUCAUCCUGCACGAGCUGCGGGAGCGAGGCGUCAAUGUGGAUGCCGUCAAUACGGUCAAUGAGCCAACGGGUCGAGCGGUCAUUCAGCUUUCUUCAGAAACCAAGGACAAUUCUAUCGUGCUCCUUCCAGGCGCAAAUCAUGCAGACCAUAAUCUCGCUCUGUCUCUGCAAGCCCACACGAACCGUUUCCUCCUCUUGCAGAACGAGAUUCCUCUGCAGCAGACACUCGAUGCGCUCAAUUUCGCUCAUAGUCAAAACGCCACAGUCAUGUGGAACCCUUCGCCUAUGCCGAGCAGAUCUGAUCUUUUGUCGUUCCCUUUGCACAAGAUCAGCUGGCUCGUUGUUAACGAGACAGAGGCCAGCGAGCUCAGUGAUCAUCUGGGGUUAGUAGAGCUUUCGGAUCUCGCGCAGCGCCUGAGCGACGCGGGUUCAUCGAGAGGCUUGGUCGUCACGAAAGGCGCAAAGGGCUGCUCGUAUGUUUUGCGGGACCACACUGGCGAUCUGCCGGCUGGUGUCGCUAAGCAAGCAAUCGUCGACACGACAGGCGCCGGCGACUGCUUCACGGGAUAUCUCAUUGCGCAGCUCGCAUGUCACGAUGGAGAAAUCACAAGAGACGGCAUUGUUGAGUGUCUCAAAAUCGCGCUGCAAGCCGCCACGAUGUGUUGCGAGCGCUACGGUGCACAAUCAGUGCCUAAGCGGUCCGAAGUCUCACGCAUACUUGAUAUCGAACGAUCGUCUCCCGCUCGCAUCCGCCUCAUCGAUAGCAUCCUCAGGCUCGGCAAAAUCUUCCUCAGCAGCAUCGAGGUGACUUCGGCUCGGAACAGGCCCUCAAGCAAGGCAAAGAGCAUCGAUCACGCUUGUCAGCACGGCGGAGGCGGUGGCGGCGGCUUCCUGGGCGCUGGUGGCGGUGGUACACACCACAAUUGCACGAUGAUGCCGAGCAUGACGCCAAGCGCAACGGUCACUCUGCACGAAGCCGCCAUUGAUCCUUCUAUGACUCCUGCGUCUACGUCUAAGCCCAUGCACAAGCCCACGCACAAGCCUACGCCCAAGCCUGUCCAUGCUGCCGUACACGCCGAGCAAGCCAAGCAGAAGCCCUGUGAUACCAAGAGCAAGAUGCCCACAAAGCAUAUUGCUGCCGUACAUCGCAAGCCUACCUCGCGUCCUCAUCGCUCGCAUACUGCUGCUCUCAAGAUCAAGGCUAUUGCUGCUUCUCGAACAUCGCACUGUCCUACAGCCCGUGUCGUACAUCAUCAUCACUACCACUCUGUGCCUCGUGCGAUGGCUCACAAGCCUACACACAAGGCAAAGGUCAAGGCCGUCGAGCAGGUCCAACCGCGCCAGCCCACGCACGUCAGCAGUCCUCUUGUCACGAAGCCUCAGCAAGUCGAUGCAGAGCAGGUCAAGCCCCGCGAACCUACGCAGACCAACAAGCCUACUAUCAAUGCUGUCGCUCCGCCAGAAGAUCCUAAGAAGUGUAUUGCUGGCAAACGCAUUGGCGGAGGCGGCGGCGCCCCUGGCGCUGGCGGUGGCGGCGGACAUGACUCGUGCACAGAAGACAAGAAGAUGGAGCGCGAGAAUAGCCAUAGGCGAGCGCAGCAUUCGAAGAGAGCCAGUCAUGGUCUUGCAAGCGGCUUAGGCAACGCACAGCAAGGUCUACAGAAUGGGCUGGCCUAG